CUGAAUACUGAUUAUUUUUAUUUCUACGCGAAAUUAUCAAUUCUUUAAGGAUAUUCAAUGUGGUUAUGGAUUAAAAAUGUGUUUAUUAACGUCAUAGUGAAAGUGGAUUAAAAUAUUCGGAGUUAUGAAGCUAAUUCCUUGGAUUUUAUUACUCAGUCUCCUGCAGAUUUUUUGUACUUCCGAAGGAAUUGAGUCAUGUGACCCCAACCCGUGUCAAAAUGGAGCUCCCUGCAAACGAUCUGUUCUUGGACAUUACGAGUGCAAAUGUGGGGCAAACUAUGUCGGAGAGUACUGUCAGACGGUGAACCCGUGUCUCCAUACUACCUGCCGCAACAACGCCACCUGUCAAAUCAUCACCCUGGCCAACCAUGACUUUGCCACAGAGUGUGUCUGCCGACCUGGUUACACGGGCAGUCAAUGUGAGAAUGUAGUUGAAUCAAGCGCGUGUUUCGCCCAACCGUGUCUACAUGGGGGAACGUGUUAUAACACACACAGCACCGAUCUCAUGCAGUACCGCUGUGAAUGUUACCUCGGGUAUAUGGGUAUGAACUGUGCUGUCAUCGACUACUGCAUAACACAGCCAUGCAGUAAUGGUGGACAAUGUAGGUCACACAGCCAGGGAUUUUCUUGCACCUGCAAGGCUGGUUUUCGUGGCGACACAUGCAAGGACGACAUCGAUGAAUGCAUGGAAAAUCCAAGUUUAUGUAUGAAUGGUGGUAUCUGCGAAAACAGGAACGGAUCAUUUUUCUGUAACUGCGACGUGAGUUACCGUGGCACGUUAUGUGAAGAACCAUACAUUCCAUGCUUCCCUGACCCUUGCCAACAUGGGGGGACCUGCCUGACGACUUCUGCCAUCACCUACCAAUGCACCUGUCCACCAGGGUUUCGGGGUAUGAACUGUGAACAGAAUAUCGAUGAUUGCCAGGGUAACUCGUGUCAGAACGGCUCCACAUGUGUGGACGGCAUCAACAACUACACUUGCAAGUGUCCACCAACAUAUACAGGUACUUACUGCGAGAAGGAUGUGGAUGAGUGUUCGGCCUCAACGCGGCUGUGUCAGAAUGGGGGGACAUGUCAAAACCUCCCAGGGUCAUUCAUCUGCGUGUGUGUCAACGGCUGGAACGGGACAUACUGCGAGAACAAUAUCAAUGACUGCGGACCCAUCAAUCCGUGUUAUAACGGCGGAACGUGUCACGAUAUGGUCGGAUACUACAAGUGUGAAUGUCCAGAAACAAAGACAGGGUUGCGAUGCCAUGUAGAGGAUGCUUGUGUAUCGGGACCGUGUAAAGGCAACGGCUCAAUUUGCUCAACGUCGCCCAUCAACGGCAACCCGCUCUGCGUCUGCGGGCAUGGCUGGAACGGAAGCGACUGUGGGACAGAUAUCAACGAGUGUUUGGAAGGGAUGUCAAUCUGUGAGCAUGGGGGUACGUGCGUGAACAUGCAAGGCUCGUUCCGAUGUGACUGUACACCGGGGUACACAGGACAGCGGUGCUCAGAAAACAUCAAGGAGUGCCUAUCAAACCCGUGUUUGAACGCCGGAACCUGUAUAGAUGACAUAGCCAAAUUCACCUGCCUGUGCUUGGCAGGUUGGACGGGCGUGAUGUGUGAGGAUGAGAUAGAUGAGUGUGAGUCACAGCCGUGUAAGAACGGUGCUGUAUGUACAGACCUGCUUAAUGAUUACAAGUGUGAGUGUCUGCCAGGGUACCAAGGCGUCAACUGCCAGUUCGAGAUCGACCAAUGUGACGGCGCACAUUGUGCUAACGGGGCUACCUGCGUUAAUCUACGUGACAGCUACACGUGCAACUGUGUUAAUGGUUACACGGGGCCGCGUUGUGAAACAAAUGUCAACGAUUGCGAAUCUGUCACAUGUGAAUACGGUAUGUGUAUUGACAAGGUCGGUUACUACGAGUGUAAAUGUCAAAAUGGCUACACAGGCCAGUUUUGUCAGACAGAGAUCGACGAAUGUCAGAGUUCACCCUGCCAACACGGCGGCACCUGUUUUGACGUUAUUGGUGGGUACGAGUGUCGUUGCCUACGGGGAACAUUCGGCCAAAACUGUGAAUACAACCAUAACGACUGUUCCAGCAAUCCAUGUGUGAAUGGCCAGUGUACCGAUCUAAUCUCCGACUACAAGUGCGAUUGUAGAGCAGGAUACACUGGAGCACACUGCGAGACAGAAAUCAACGAGUGUUUGAAACUAGGGAAUCCGUGCCAUAACGGCGGCGUAUGUAUUGACGAGGUAAACGGAUAUCGAUGCAACUGCCCACCUGGUUACUUCGACGACAAUUGCCGUAGCAAUGUCAACUACUGCGCAAAGAAUCCAUGUGUGCAUGGCUCAUGUAAGGACGGAGUGGACUCGUACACAUGUGUAUGCGAGUUUGGGUACGAGGGCCAGAAUUGUAACCAACAGAUCAACCAUUGUAAGAGUAACCCGUGUCAACACGGUGCUACAUGCAACAAACUUAUUGGUCACUACACAUGCACAUGUACACCAGGGUAUACAGGUACUAACUGUCAACAGAACGUGAACGAGUGUAACAGUAACCCGUGUAUAUUUGGACAGUGUCAGGACCUGGUCAAUGACUAUCGCUGUGUGUGCGAGGCACAAUACACAGGCAAGAAUUGCGACUCAAAACUCAACCCGUGUUCACCAAACAGGUGCGAGAAUAGAGCGCAAUGUGUCCCCCAGAAAAACUACACAGAUUACUACUGUGAUUGCGCGGGAAAUGGAUUUCAAGGUCGUCACUGUGAAAUUGAUGUCAAUGAAUGUGCACAGUGUGAGUUGGGGAACACAUGCCCAUGCAAACGUGGACGCUGUCGAAACACACGAGGUUCGUACGAAUGCGAUUGCGACCCAGGAUAUGACGGUCGUCACUGUGAGGUCGACCACAACGACUGCUACCCCAAUAUGUGCAAGAGUGGGGCUACAUGCUUAGACCACAUUGGUGGUUAUUCAUGUCACUGUCCUCCUGGCUUCAACGGUUCCCGGUGUGAAUAUGAUAUCGAUGAAUGUCUGUCCGCGCCAUGCCGAAAUGGGGCCCGUUGUCAUGACUAUGUGAACUCAUACACGUGUGAGUGUCCCGCAGGGUUCAGCGGAACAAACUGUGACCAUAACGACAAUGACUGCACCAACAGGACUUGUCUGAAUGGUGGAAGGUGUAUUGACGGGGUAAAUACGUACCGGUGCGACUGUUUGACUGGCUUCUCGGGCACAAACUGUGAACAUCGUGUUAACGCGUGUGACAACAAUCACUGUAUGAACGGGGCGACGUGUGUCAACAUGGGCUUGGGACAGCCCUACUGCCAAUGUCCUAUUGGAUUUCAGGGGCCUCAGUGUGCUGAUUUUGUUGACUACUGCAAAGCGGGUGUGUGUCUGAACGGGGCCACGUGUUUACAGGUGGCAAAUGAGUACAGAUGCGAAUGUAAGCCUGACUUUACGGGAAAAGUGUGUGACGUACCCAUGGUCACUUGCAGUGCCGGCGCUGCAUUGAGAAAUACGACUGUCCAAAAUCUAUGCCAGCAUGGAGGGACCUGUUACAAUGAGGACGGAACUCAUCGCUGUGUAUGUCCACAAGGUUACCACGGGUCAUACUGCGAGGUUAAAGACAACCAUUGUCUCUCAAAUCCUUGCCAAAACGGUGCAACCUGUCAUAACAGCGGCAAUUCAUAUUUCUGUGCAUGUCCACAGGGAUUUCAGGGCCAGAACUGUGAGACAAAUAGUGAUGAUUGUGCAACCCAACCUUGUGCUAACGGGGGCACGUGUCAUGAUUUAAUAAACUCAUACGAAUGUUCUUGCCCGUCUGGUACAGCCGGAUUGCUUUGUGAGACCAACUUUGAAGAUUGCUACACAGGCGCAUGUUAUCACGGGGGAACCUGUGUCGAUAGAGUCGGAGGAUACCAAUGCCUCUGUCCACAGGGUUACGUCGGGAAGCGAUGCGAGGGAGACAUUAACGAGUGCCUGUCAAACCCAUGCAGCAGUGGGGCUUUGAGCUGUGAACAGAAACUCAACGACUAUGUCUGCCACUGCAAACCAGGCUACCAAGGUCGUCACUGUUACACAAAGAUCAAUUACUGUGAAACCAACCCGUGUCUUAACUUCGGACUCUGUGAGGAUGGUGAGAGCGGCCCCGUGUGUAGGUGCCCUCAGGCUUUUACUGGUGAACGAUGCGAGAAGGCAGCGACGGUGUGUGAUAGCGUUACAUGUAAGAAUGGCGGGAACUGCGAGCUGACGAGUGCAACCACGUUCAAGUGUCAGUGCUCGUAUGGAUGGAUGGGACAGUUUUGCGAGACCAAUAUUGAUGAGUGUGUCUCCAGUCCCUGUCAGCAUAGUGGACAGUGUUUGGAUAGAAAUGGUUAUUACGAGUGUUUGUGCCCUCGUUACUAUACUGGCAUCCACUGUGAAAUUUACAACGAGGCGGUAACGGCCGGAAUUGGUAAACCCACCCAGUCCACCCUUCCUCCACCCAUCCUGCCAACAAAGUGCCUCGACCUCGGGUGUGACUAUAAGUCCGGGAAUGGAAGAUGUGAUCCUGAAUGCAACGUCCCCCAGUGUCGUUAUGACAAUCUUGAGUGUUCCAAUGGUCCCUGGAGGAACUGUAACACCGAGCGUGAUGGCGUCAUGUGCAUGAAUGUGUUUAACGACAGUAAAUGUGACCCACAGUGUGACACAGAAGAAUGUUUGUUCGAUGGUUUCGACUGCGUGCGCUCACUCGGGGAAUGUAAUCCUCACUAUGACACAUACUGCAGCUUAGUUUACGGGAACGGCGUUUGUAAUCCAGGCUGUGACACAGCUGCUUGUAGCUGGGAUGGCCUGGAUUGUAGUCAUGAGCCAGAAAGGCUUGCCCUUGGAACCCUCGUUAUUGUUGUGGGCGUACAACCUGAAGAAUUCAGGAACAUGUCUCGUGAGUUCCUGCGAAAGCUGGGUCACCUCCUCCGCGCUGUACUGGUGAUUAAGAAAGAGGAGAGUGGACAAGAUAUGAUUUACCCAUACGAUGGUAAUGAAGCGAUGGUUGGACGAAGGAAACGAGCGAUUGGAAAUAUUGUGAUUGGCACCAUAGUUCAUCUGCUGAUUGACAUCCAGCCGUGUCUGAAAGACGGAUUCCACGAGUGUUUUGAUACGGCAGACUCCGCAGCGGAGUUUGUACUCGCUGCACUACAGAAUGAUUGGACAAGCCCGAUGCCUAUUGUGGAUGUAUCAGGUGAGCUUGGGCCCUCGCCCAGGCCCUGACCCUGGCAACGACACUAAGGCGGGUCCUUUCAGCACCCCGCUGACGAUACCAUUGCUUGUGCCUCUUUAAUCAUCCUUGCCCUGGUCCUUGUGCUUGUGAUCAGUCGACGCAAGACAGCAAGGGGAAUCACCUGGUUUCCAGAAGGUUUCUUCAGUCGCGGAAGUGAGGCGGGUGCAGCUUCCAGGAUAUCUAAACGGCAUGGACCAGACGGUGGUGAAGAAAUGAAGAACGUUAGCAAGGGGUCAAUGGACAAGGUUGACAACAACGACAACACUACAGAUGACUGGGACAUGAACCACCAACCAGCCAAGAGAAUAAAGUUGGAGCAGCCAGGUGAAUCCACAACCGAUGACUCAGACACACGACAGUGGACCACACAGCACCUGGAGGCAGCCAACGUUCUUACCCCACCCAGUGGAGACGAACUCAACUCGAAGGAUGUCGAUGUUCGCGGGCCUGAUGGUUUCACACCUUUGAUGCUGGCUUCCAUACGUGGCAUGGACAUGGAAAACGCAUUGGAUAAUGAAAGUAGUGGAUCAGCGACGACGUCAUUAGGUGAUUCUGAGGAAUCAGAUGAAAAAUCUCCAGAAAUCAUUCGUAGUCUGCUUAUGCAAGGAGCAGCCAUUAAUGCCCAGACAGACAGAACUGGAGAGACGUCUCUACAUCUUGCAGCCCGUUACGCCCGAGCAGAUGCUGCGAAGGCCUUACUAGAUGCGGGAGCUGACUCCAACGCCCAGGAUGCCACUGGCAGGACCCCGUUACAUGCUGCUGUUGCUGCUGAUGCACAGGGGGUCUUCCAGAUUCUUCUGCGAAAUCGUCUAACCAACCUCAACGCCCGCACCCAGGACGGCACUACGCCUAUGAUCCUCGCAGCUCGUCUAAACAUUGAGGGCAUGGUGGAUGACCUCAUUAAUGCAGAGGCAGACAUCAAUGCAAUGGAUGACAAUGGCAAAACUGCCCUUCACUGGGGGGCAGCAGUCAACAAUGCAGAGGCGACGCUGAUCUUGCUACAACAUGGGGCAAACAGGGAUGCCCAGGAUCAAAAGGAUGAGACUCCCAUCUUCCUGGCUGCCAAGGAGGGCAGCUAUGAGACUGCUAAGAUUCUCCUGGACCAUUAUGCAAACCGGGAAAUAGCCGACCACAUGGAUCGACUACCCAGGGAUGUAGCUGCAGAGCGCAUGCACAAUGACAUUCGUCAAUUGUUAGAUGAAUACCGAGUGACUUCCCCUGGAUCUAUGUCUAUGCAUAAUGGUAUCCCCACUUCUCCCAACGGGCUGCAUGCAUUCAUGCACCCUCACAAAACAAAGAGCAAACAGCGUAGGAACAAAAACAAUGGACAAAUAAAGGACCACAAUUCUUACUCUCCAGAAGGAGGUAAAACUGGAGCCACAAGAAAAACGAAAUCAAAGAAAAAGAGUGGAGUGCAAGGAAAUGUACAGAAUGAAGUGUCAUCAGUUGGCACCUUGUCCCCUGGUGACAUUGUGGAGUCACCCAAUGGGUAUGAUAUGACUCCCCCCACGUAUGACAAUGUGUGUGGGCAGGGUAAUAUGAUGGGGCUCUCCCAUCCUGUACAGAUGAACGGGAUGGAGGAUCCACGUGUCAGUUGUGCGCAGAUCGCAAGUAGAAUGGACGAUCACUGUGUUAUGUCUAACCAUUAUAAAAACAAUGACUCACUGCUUGAGCAGCAUCGGCGAAUGGAAAUGAUGCAACCCCAAGACUGGUUACAGAAUCAUGUUUCAAUGUCACAGUCUCCAAUGACUAUGACUGGUUCAAUACCCACGCCGCCUUCAUCUCAUAGCAGUCCUUUGGGAAUGGAGGGCAAACAUUCACCGAUGAAGGGUGGUGGCAAAAUGCUGCCCACAUCACCCCCUCAUUAUCUCGCCAUGCAGCAACUGUCGCAACGAAAUCAUUCCCAGAAAAGUCCCCACCAUUAUCAUAUAGAAAAUUACCCUUUCGACCAGCAACAGCAGAGACAUAUGGACUCAGCGCACCAUAACGGCAUGCAACAGUACACUGGCCUGUAUGAUAAUCACCACCAGAAGGUAUCCACCCCUAUGCAGAUCCAGCACGUGCCCCAGUACCCCACCCCUCCCUCUCAGCAUAGUUAUGUAGGCAUGGACAGUACGCCUCCACAGCAGAAUUUAACCGGCCUACCCGAAAAUAUUCUCACACCCUCGCCUGACUGUCCAGGUGGCUCCCCUGGGCACUGGUCUACAGGUAGUUCCUCCCCUCACUCUGCCCAAUCUGAUUGGUCAGAGGGUAUUUCGAGCCCAGUGCCCCCUGUCGGUUCCCAGCCACCCCACUGCCAGAACAUGAAGGGCCGGUCACAUAUGUCAAAUGAUGCUGUGUUUAUUUAAAAACUGAAUGGAGUUAACAUUAUGUGCUGAACUCUAAUGGGCUUCCCCUCUCGAGCCGGAGUGCCCCUGUCAUUUCCAAGCCUAGUUACAGGCAGAACAUGAAGGGCUGGUCACAAAUGUCAAGUGAAGCUGAUUCAUAUAAACUUCAUGGAAAUAAUAACAUGGGCUGACAACUACGUGGCGUCUCAUCUCAAGCCCGGUGCCCGCCUAGUUUCAGUCAGAACAUGAAGGGAAAGUCACAAGUGUCGAGUGAAGCUGUGUUUCAACUGCUUGGAAUUAUGUGCUGUAACUAUAGGGACUUCUUGUCAGGAACAAGGUGUACUAGUAUGAAUAAACAUCAUGUGUAAAUAUGUUAUUGUGAAAGUGAAAAAUGUGCUAUUUUCGCAUAUGUGGUGCAGAUAUCUGUGAUGAAUAGUGACUUGAUUAGGGGCAUAAAAUAUGCCUUCGGGAGAUAUAGCGCUGAUUUAGCAAUGGGUAUGAAAUAUGCCUUCAGGAGAUAUAGCGCUGACUAAGGGUGGGACAUUAAAUAUGCCUUCAGGAGAUAUAUUGCUGACUUAGCAUAGGGCAUAAAAUAUGCCUUUAGGAGAUAUAUCGCUGACUUAGCGUGAGGCAUAAAAUAUGCCUUCAGGAGAUAUAUCGCUGACUUAGCACAGGGCAUAAAAUAUGCUCGCAGGGGGUAUAACACUGACAUGGGUGGUGCCGAUUAUAAGCCCGCAGAAGAUAACCAUGUAACGCUGUCAAUGCUCAAGAGCAUUUUUUUUAUCCUAUGCCAUGUUGAUUAAUUUUAUGCUGCAUUUCAUUGAACAAAAUUCACAAUUAUGUGUAAAAUGUUGCAGCUAUUUUGUUAUUAUUGCAGAAAGUGCUUUUAAACUUGUUUUUAUGAUACAAUGAUUUGUUGAGACAAGUCUGAGACUUUUGUAGCUUUUUAAAAUGGAUUUUAAUGAGCACAGAUUUACAUUCACAAAUGUACAUGCAUUAUUGUGAACUGCAGUUAUAUAUUUAUAUGAAGUGUUUACAGAUUUCCGCAGGUUUUAACACUAUAAUAAUAUUACAUGCGCUGUAUUAUAUGCUUAUUUGAACAAGGAUUUGAGAUUUCAAAUUGAUCUCUCGCAUUAUUUUUAUUCUUCAUAACCACCCCCCAACCCCCCAUUUUUUCCCAAAUCAACAUUUCGUUAUUUUAAGCUGUACAUAUUUAUCCUAACACAACAUCACCUUACAUACAUGUCAUUACAUAUACAUUGAGUUAUAUAUUAUUUUUUAAUUUUUAAUUGUUUUUAUUUUUAAUUUUUAUUUUAUAAUACAAAUAUGAAGUUUUGCAAAAGGAAAAAGAAAUAAAAUUCUCAAAGACAAAAAUAGAACAUUGAAGAAUUAUAAAUGAAACUCAAAGAGUGUGUUUUCGUGAAAUAUUAAAUUUACAAGUAAAUAAAAUGCAAAAACAGUAGCAAAUCAUCCUAAAACUUGUUUGAAAAGUUUUAACUUGUACAUGUAAUUUCUUGCAAAGUUGUGUUGAUUCCCAGUUUUGUUUGCAUUAUUAAAACAACGCCAUGCCAGGCAAGUGGCUUGUGGGUCCAAUUUUUCUACAAAAUGUGUUUUCCUAUGAUGCGUCUAUUUCCUAAAUUAUUGCAAAUGGUGUCAGAAUAUUGCACUUUGCUUUUAUUCUUGAACGUAGAACAUCUUUGAAAAACAAUUUACCAACAUGGACUGAAAAGAACCCAAACAUUUUAUUGAUCCUUACUUUUGAUUAUGUAAGAUCCUUGAUCCUUAAUUUUUAAAUAUGCGAGAUCCUUGAUCCUUAAUUUUUAAAUAUAUAAGAUCCGUGAUCCUUAAUUUUUAAAUAUGUAAGAUCCUUGAUCCUUAAUUUUUAAAUAUGCGAGAUCCUUGAUCCUUACUUGUGUAUAUCGUUUGUACAGUGUAAAUAAAGUGUACUAUCUAUUUUGUCAGAUUUCAUAGGGCAUCUUACAUUAGAUCUUCAAAAAAUGUCUUUUAUAUUUGUCACAAACUCUAACUACUGUAUGCAAUUUAAAAAUUUACAUUGUAUGAUUAUGUACUUAAUAUUUAAUUUGCCAAAUGGAAUGUCUUAGAUUAAAAAAUAAAAAUAAGGACCAUUUUUACCAUCUACAAGAUAGAAAUGCCAACAAUAAACUUUGACAACUACUAAUUAAAAAACUAUUCUUUCAAGUUUGAUGCAUAAUAUAAUUAAUUGACUUUGUAUCCAUCAUAACUGUGUGUUACGACUUGAAAAGACUUACUUUAAGAUAGUUAAAAUGGACACAUACAGUACAUGUACCGUUUGGUUGGGUCUUUCCAAUGAAGAUACUUCAAUGACAUAUUACUAAAACAGUGUCUAAAACAGAGCCAAUGUUACAGUUGGACAAUGUGGAUAUUAGUGUUUUGUUUUUGUGUUCACCUGUUUUUGUUUAGAAUUCUGGAUUUUAUUUUUUGUUUCUUCAUCAUGCCAAAACAUUAACAUUAUUCAUCUGUUUAUAUGUAAAAUACACUGUAAAAAGGUCGGAAGGACCUCAUAUUUAAUUAGCAAAUAAAAUAUGUUUCAAAUGCGCCGA